UGAACAACUUGAUUUUAUUUAAUUUUAAAAGGACAAAAAGAGAGUGAAAAUUGUAAAUUUUAAGCGACGAUCUCAAUCUCUCUGAAGUUUGAACAAUUUGAUUUUUCUCUCUCAAGGGAAUCUAAAUUCGGGGAUUUCUACAUUUUCCCGCUUCUGAGGUCAGAUCGAGCGAUGAACGGCGCAUCUCCAGCUCAUUCUUCGGUUUCGACGACCGCCGUAGCUGGAGGCGGUGGAAGCAGGGGCGCCGCCGCUGGCCUAGACGAUUGCCAUUUUCCGCCGGACAUUCCAUCUAUGCAGGAGCGAAAAGACGAAGCCAUGCGCGUAUUGAAAACUGAUUUGAUGGCUGAGCUUGACAAAGAGGCUAAAUCCUUGGAGGAAGACAGUAACUUUCUGAAGAAAGAAGGUGAAGCUGUGGUGAAAUCAAGCAUUGUUCAGCUGCCCAGAUGAUCAGAUUCAAGUAAGACAAUUUUCAGAACAGUGGUCGUAUGUUUUUGAUGAUAGGAUAAUGUUUCGAUUGAUGGUGUUUGUCACAGACGUUGGCUUUGUUGUUUUCCUCCCUUUUCUACGAAUACUAAUGUUUUUCUUUUGUUAAUAGUCACUGGUUUUAGAACUGUAGCUAUUUCAAUGGUAUUAAUAGUAGUAAAAAGGUGAAGAGAUCAUUAUUCUUUUAACGAGCCUAUUAUAUAUAUAACAACAUUAACUGAAA